AUGUUUACAGGCCAUUCACCUCUUCAAAAUGUAAAAGUCCAAGCGGGCUUUACUAGAAUACGUGUAGAAGGGCACGACAUGCCGCAUCACAACAAUCAAAGCAAUCAUCAGAAGCAUCGUUCGCAUCCACAAGGACAUCAUCAUGACCCACAGCACCAAGACGGAGCAUCUGGCGCAGAUCACGAUUGGGGUUAUAAAGGGAAAUUUGGAGUGAACCAUUGGAAUGAUUUCUGCUCAACGCUGUCGAAACACGAAGAGGCACAUAGACAGUCGCCUAUAGACAUAGCCAUCAAAACGGCACAACACCACAAAGAGCUAAAGCCAAUCAACACUAAGGGCUUUGAAGAUAUAAAAGAUGGAUUACUGCUGAAGAAUAAUGGUCACACAGCUCAUCUUGAUUUAUCUGCGUGUGGUUAUGAACUGACUGAAGGACAUCUUAACGGUACCUACCAGAGUGUACAAAUGCACCUUCACUGGGGGUCUGAGAGCACCAGGGGAUCAGAACACACCAUAGACGGAAAACAGUACGCCGCGGAGUUACACGUGGUCUUUAAACAUUUGGGCAAAAAGCACAGUGGCAAAGACUUGGCAGUUCUUGGCUUUCUUAUAGAUGUCUCUGAAACUGACAACCGUCUAUGGGAGCAUUUCUUGAGCCACUUGCCCAAAAUAACACAUCAGGAUAUGGAGACAAAGGUGGACAACUUCAACUUACGGUCGCUACUACCAGAUGACCUUGACCAUUUCUUCCGUUACCAUGGCAGUCUAACAACACCACCUUGUUCGCAGACAGUAAACUGGACGCUGUAUAGAGAUACCAUCAAAUUGUCAGAGAGACAGCUGAAUAUUUUCCGCCAAAACAUGAAAGAGAACAAAAUUAGUGAUGCCAACGAGCGUCCAAUGGUUGACAACUUUAGACCCGUUCAACCUCUAGACGGUAGAAAUAUACAUUGCACAAUGGAAAUCUAGCAUGAAAUCAGUUGGAAGUGUUUAACAGUAUGAGUAUACCCAAGAAUACUAUAGCGAUCGGAAGACAUACUCAGUUGAAAUCCUGUUGAACAUAUGUUUGCGACCUGUCAAAAUAAUGAAAUUUUGACUAAAGUAAGUGAGACUGGAAUUUAGCGCCCUGUAGAAAAAACAAACUGUGGAGAUCACUGUUGCAUGACAACAAAGAGACGCGUAGCCAUGGGAACGUAACGCAAAAUACAAUGGAAUAUGGGAAGCUAAAAUUUAUUUUGAGGAACGUUUGAUAAAAGCGUUGAAAUAAAACUAUUUACAACUAUGGUAUUAGAAUUCAGAAACACCUUUGAAUUUCACAAAAUUCGGAUUGUCGAUGAACAGCAACUUUAUAAGUAAUUUAUUUUCUCAUUUAUUUAUUGGAUGGUUUUAAAAAUCCUGUACUUAAGAAGAGUAUGCUGCCCUCAUCGAGAACAUCCUAACUUGAUAACUACUGACAGAAUUGUAAUUAUCGAUGACAUUGACUCUAAAGAAGACAGGAUUGCAGGACUGGGGGAUUAUUAUUUAGUAAUAAUCUUUCACUUAACGAGAUCACGUACUUUAAGAAAUGUCAGUUGAUGUUAUAUCUAACUAUAGGUUGUCAAAAGGCUUUCUAGACAUUUCAUCCCUUGGACUUUGCGCUCGCUAGAUUGUUCACCUUUUAAGCUUUUCACCCCUGGAUGUUUCACCAUUUAGAUAGUUCACCCCAAGACGUUUCAUAUCCCCUGGACUUUUAAACCCCUUGGGCAAAACGUCUUUAUACCCUCAAAAGUGGUGGACAAUUACAAUGUCUGUGAGGUCCAGUUGUCAGUAAUUUUAUGAAAGAGGGUCGAAUGCUAUGUAUAGUUUGUCUCCACAUACGUUUCCAUAGCAACCAAUACCAUCGAAUGCUACACUUUAAAUCACUACGUCCAUGGCAGCUGAGGGUAUACCAGGCUUACAGUUAGACAAAGCAAAAAUGAAGCGGGACAUAUUCAUCUAUGUAACAACAUGUACUUUGUAUUUACAUUAAUAGUGAAAAAAUAAAAUAAAACAUCUUAAUCUACGAAUGGUAAUGCCAGCAUUUUCGUUGGCGUCUUUUCUGAUUUUAUAGCAUUUUGGGAAGAGAUUGUCGAAAUUUCGG